AUGGGUGUUUAUUUAGGUGGUGGCCGUGGAGGAGGAGGUGGAGGAGGAGGUGGAGGCCGUGGAGGAGGAGGUCGUUCCAGUGGUGGGUUUCGUGGUAGUGGACCUCCCUCAAUAUUCGUCUUAUUUGGAGGUGGACAAUACUCAGAAAGUGGAUCAACAAAUAAUGGGGAAGGAGCUAUCUUAGUUAUUCUCUUUGUCCCAGUUCUGAUUGGCAUAAUAAUGUGUAUCAUAAUAUCAUGUUAUGAAGAAGAUGAUAAGGAUACUGUUGUUGUGACAAAUAAUAGCGAAGUUGUAAAUGUUAAUCAGCCUCAACCUACUACUAGUGUUUUUCAUGUAGGACCAUCAGUUGUGAUACAGUAUUAUAAUCUACGUUUAAUUGGUUUUGGUGCAAUUGAUACUUUUUUUGGUUUACAAAGAUCAAGAACACAUGGCCGAUCAUCAUUUAAUGAGUGUAAACAUGUUGAAGUUGAUAGUACUAAUAAUGCAAUUGAAAUAAAGGUAUUUCCAUAA